AUGGAGACACCUAAAAGUGCAGCCCAACAGAUACGCUCCAUGCGUACGCACACUCCCCGAUUAUCGGAACGGAAAAAGAAACUUUUCGACUCCAAACUUGAUGCAGAUAAUGAUGAUGAAGACAUGAUGAUUGGGGUUAAGCCUUUAUCUACAAAAUAUUCGGCUGCGGGGGCAGCAGGUAAUCACAACAACCAAAAGACACCUAAAAGUACAAAAAAUCUAGAAGCAUUAAUGGGUGGUGGCAGCGGCGGCGGCGCUGCUGGUUCAUGUAAGAAAACGCCACGCAUUAUAAGCUUCUUUGAGCUGGAUUCCGAUGAGGCGGAAUUGGUGGAGAGACCUUCUCCGACGUCGGACAAAAUUUCUCCUUCCACAAGACGGAGUUUACGCUUGAGUGGCAAAAAGGGUGGCCACUCACCCAACUCCAGUAAAUCUGGUUCAGAGCUGUCCAGCUCACCGCACAAAGAAAACAUACCCAUCAAGACGCCCAGUCGUAAACAACAACAAGAAGAUAAGCAGCUACAGAAAAUGUUUAGCAAUUCAAUGCAAAUUACACCACGUGAAAAGUCCAUUGUCAUAGAUGAGACUUCCAGUGAAGAUGGCGAUGAGGAUGCCGAUAAUGAAGAGGAUGGUGGUGGCAUGGAGGAUAAACGUGAAAGGAUCAAAAAGAAUCUAAAUAAACGUUGUGUUGCCGAUGGCUCAACAGCAAAAACAUCACCCAGCAAUAACAACAACAAUCGUACAACAUGUCGAAAUCUUUUUGGCUCCAGCAAUCGAACAAGUCCGAACACUAACACAUCCCCCACCACCUACUCAUCCACCACAAGAGCACCGAAAAGUCGUCGCAGUGAUUCAAUGGUAAUCAAUCGGGGAGUACGCCACAAGGUUAAAAAGCGUACCUCCAUGAAUGUACCGCAGCGACAUUACGCCCCCGUGGACAUUGAACGGAUUCUAAGUAAUGUUCGCAAUGAGAAGUUACGAAACCUCAUUACCACAAAACGUGAGCAGAAGCAACAAAUCGAAAAGGUGCAUAGCAUUUUCCGCCAAGCUUCCAAUCCCAUUGCCAUGGCGAAACCGUUGAGCUGCCUUUCACUACAGGACGAUAGCAAUAAUAACAAUUUGCCAGCGGUGGAUGAAAAGCCUUUACUGAAUAAUAACAACAAAACUUGUUAUGGUUCUUCCCAAUCCCUGUCGGCGAGAAAUAGCAUUUACAAUGAUACCGAUUUCUCAGAUAUUGAAUGUGAUUCAGUGGAAGAGGAUGAGGAGGAGGAUGAUAAUGCCGCAUUUGCAAGUGCCCUGCGUGCCAUGGAUGAGGAAGUAAUACCCAUAGUUAAACAUGAAGAUGCAAUAUCCACCAAGUCGGAUGAUGCCGUAUCGGUUAGUAGUACAAAGAGGAAAUUUUUCAAAUCUGGCCGACAGACCAAUACCAAGAAGGAGGUGAAGAUAACCGAUAAUAUAAGAGCCACGGUGAAGGCAAAUGGUAAGCUGCGGCUGGUGGAGGAAAAGAAGAAGGUUAAGAAACGCCUUAAGAUACGAAAUUCGGUUGCCAGUGAAUUUUCCGAUGAACAGGCCACUGUUGAGGCUAUUUUGCGGAAUCUUGAUGACACCGCCUUUGGUGAUAUCAUUGAACAGGUGCAAGAUGAAGAAGAGGAGGAACAAACAUUGAAUGCUAAUAGCGGCGCUACUGAUACCCUGAACAAUAAUGAAUUUCUGGAUGAAAUCGAUAUGCAACUUUCGCUCGAUAUCAAACCUGAUUAUCACGAAUUUAUAAAGCGAUUACCCUACAAUACCACAGAUCCAGAAAUUAUAGAACGGCAACAUUUACUUCUCGAUUUCCUGAUUACGAAUAAUAUUUGUACGGAAGAAAACUUUACGAUAUUUAUUGCGGAUCCUGAUAAUCACAAAGAAGAGGCGGAACGUAUUAUUGAUGAUUUGGUUAUGGUGGUGACGGGUCAACAGCAGGAUUUCCGUCACAAAAUACCCUAUAAUACCACCGAUCCGCAGUUGAUUGCUCAGCAGGAGGCCUUUUUGGCCUUUAUGGAAGAGAACGCCUUGUGUACAGAAGAAAAUUUCGAUAUAUUCAUAGCGAAUUAUGAACAAAGAAAGGAGGAAGCUGAUGCCAUAUUGGCUCAAUAUAUGGCAUUGGAUGUUAAGUUGAAACAUGAAGAUGAAAUGGCGGCGGCCAAUGCGGCAAGUGGGGUGACAUAUGUGACGGAGGCAAUAGGGGAACAUAAUCAACACGUGGUGACCAUGAUACCGGGGAAUAUGCAUAACAGUAGUAGUAGUCACCCACAGCAGCAGCAACAGCAACAAAUGACAUCGAAUGUUGUUGUGGCGCCCAAUGCGGUUGCCUCGGAGAAUAACACCCCCAAAUUGUUCCCUAUAUUUUACCCUGGAGGAGGCUGUCAACCCUUAUCAAUACCCCAGACAAAACGUAAACAUGUGCAGAGAUCUUGGAAUGCUGGCUAUGGUUCAAAUCAAUAUCAAAUCGAUGCUGGGCAAAAAGAAUUUGGUGCCCAUCAGUGUAAGCAGUGUGGCCUGGUUUAUACGGCUCAUGAGCCGGAAGAGGAAAAACUCCAUCGAGAUUUCCAUGCUUCGCUGCAUGUUUUGCGUUUCAAAGGAUGGAUUGAUGAAGACAUUAUGGCCAUAUACCCUGAAUGGGGUCCCGAUGGUCGCAUUAUACGUCUCACCGAAACCUCACCCCUUAAGCGCAGGGAGCGGCUAAUGGAUAUAUUAAAAAUUGUCGAUAAAGAGCUGGGCUUUGCAUCGUACAUUAUACCAAAAACUUUUAUGGCCUAUUUUGCGGUGAGGAAAAUGCAAAUUGUGGGCCUAUGCUUGGUACAGCCAUUGGAUAAGGCAAAUAAAUAUAUAAAUAUUAACGGGGUGGAUUGUUGUACGGAGGAGGAAUUUGAGGCCAAAUGUGGCAUAUCCCGCAUUUGGGUCUCACCCUUACAUCGACGUUUCCACAUCGCCAGCAAACUAAUACAAGCAGUGCAAUUAAACACCAUUUAUGGUGAAGAGAUACCAUUGGAUAAAAUUGCCUUUAGUGCGCCCACCGAAAUGGGCAAGGCUUUUGCCCAGAAGAUAACAAAAAUGGAAAAUUUCUUGGUUUAUCAAUAA